CAAUAAGCACUGGCCCAACCCAAUAUUUGGGGCUUGGAUCAAAAAACCAAAAAUCAGAAGUCCAGAAGCUUCUCUUUGCUACCUUCAUCUUCCCGUCUCUCACUCUAUAUACACAGCUGAAGCCGCUCUCCAGUACCUUCUCGAGACACCUCGAUCGACUUACACAUCAUCAGCAUCAAUUUCCCAUUGUUUCGUCUCUCUUCAACUAGUUAUUGAAUCCAGAUUUGGCCGAUAACCGAAGCGAUCGUCGGGAAAAUGGCCGGAGCGCGCGCAGCGGAGGAGCUCGCAAUGGACCUGGAUGAACUGAAAGAGCUUCGAAGGCUUGCCAAGAGGCCGCACGUUCUCUCUCUCAUUUCGUCUGAGAUCCGCAACUUGGAAAAGCUUUCAAAUGAGGCGAGCUCAGUUCCUCAGGUGCCGACCCCAAUUUCAACUGCACCAAAAGCUGUCCCUAACCCAGCACUGAGCUAUGCAACACUUGCAACAUUUAGCUGGGAUCAGGACAGUGACAAAGUAAAGAUUUAUCUCUCCUUGGAAGGAGUUGAUCAGGAGAAAAUGGAGACAGACUUCAAACAAAUGUCUGUUGAUGUUAAAUUCCAUGGCGUGCAUGGAAAGAACUACCGUUUCUCUGUACCAAAGUUGAACAAGGAGAUAGUUCCUGAGAGGUGUAAGGUAAUGGUAAAACCCACUAGGGUAGUACUCACCUUGCCAAAAGCAUCUCAAGGAAACUGGCUUAAUUUGCACUACAAAGAGGACAAGUUUAAGCCAAGUGUUGACAAAGAAAAGGAUCCCAUGGCUGGAAUAAUGGAUUUGAUGAAGAAUAUGUACGAGGAUGGGGACGAUGAAAUGAAACGAACCAUCGCAAAAGCCUGGUCAGAUUCUAGAUCUGGAAAAGUAGCCGAUCCCCUCAAAGGUUACCCAUGAACUUGAGGAGAGUUCGUUUUUUGAAGGUCCCCUGCAGAGUUUUGUGGCAUUUAAAGAUUUUAGCUUAUCUUGUUCUGUCCUUGCUGCUUUUGACCAACAAUGCCAAGUACUCUCAUUGAGAUGGUUUGUGUUGCGCUCAUCUUUGUGCUAAAACUUUCAGUGGAAUUCUAUUUUGGCUAUUGACUCCAACACUGUUAUCACUUUAAUUCUUGACCAUUAAAUAAUGUGUAGUCAUGGAGCCUCAUGAGAGGGACGAUAUCCACCAUGUGGGUGCCACCCCAUCAAGGGGCUCCAUGACUUCAACAAGUAAACAGGCGAGAUGUAA